UAAUUGCGAGAUCUAUAGAAAUUUUACGUUCUUUGUGUAAAAGAAAAUAUUGGAGGAAUGAAGUUAUUAAACUCAUUAAUAACCACAUUAAGUAUAACGAUAACAAUAAAGAUAACAAUAAAGAUAACAAUAAAGAAAUAAGUACCACUGAUGAUCAGUCUACUGGUGCAGUUGUUGGUGACUUCAGUUGGAUUGCAUAA